AUGGAUCCCCUCAAUAAUUUCUUAAACCUUAUACUUCCACCCACUUCUCUAGUAUCUUUCUUCUUUUUUCUCCCAAUUUACUUGUUUUUCAAAUCUCUCUCAUCCAUAAUUAGGUCUAUUUUCAGCGAAGAUGUCGCCGGAAAAGUUGUUCUCAUCACCGGAGCAUCCUCCGGCAUCGGCGAGCAUCUGGCGUACGAAUAUGCUAAGCGAGGAGCUUAUUUGGCGUUGGUCGCCAGAAGAGAGAACCGGCUCCGGGAAGUGGCCGCUGUGGCUCAGUAUUUAGGGUCACCUUAUGCUCUCGUGAUUCCGGCGGAUAUUUCCAAGAUUGAAGACUGUAAACGGUGUAUCCAAACCACCGUCACCCACUUCCGCCGACUGGAUCAUCUGGUGAACAACGCAGGAGUAUCAAGCGUCAACCUGUUUGAAGAAUACGACAACCUCCAAAAUGCUGUCCCGGUGAUGGAUGUAAACUUCUGGGGAAUGGUAUAUUGUAGCUAUUAUGGGAUUCCACACUUAAAGCAAAGCAGAGGGAAGAUCAUCGGAAUCGCUUCUUCCGCUGCAUGGUUGCCUGCCCCCAGGCUCAGCUUCUACACCUCUAGCAAAGCAGCAGUGAUAAGCUUCUACGAGACAUUAAGAGUGGAGGUUGGAAGAGACAUCGGAAUCACCAUCGUCACGCCCGGGCUGGUUGAGUCGGAGAUGACACAGGGAAAAUUCAUAUCCAAAGAUGGCCGUUUAUACCUGGACCAACAACUCAGAGACGCUACAGUGAGUGCAAUGCCGAUUAUGCCGAUCGACGAUGCGGUGAAGGGGAUAUUAAGGAGUGUGUGUAGGGGAGACCGGUAUGCGACGGAGCCACGGUGGAUGAGAAUGGCGUUUUACUAUAAAACGUUGUGGCCUGAGUUAGUAGAGUGGUUUAAUUACUUGAUUAACAUGCGUGGUUCAUCUGAUUCUCCUACAGAUACUUUUGGGAAAAGGCUGAUUCAGCUCAGUGGAUUGAAGAGUUGGUUUUAUCCGGACUCUGUUCGUUCACCGGACUUGGCCGACCUCAAAACUAGCUGAUUCCCACUUCUCCCAAUUACCCCAUAAGUUGAUGUGUUGUAAAAUUUCAGUUCAGUUUUAUAUGUAAAAAGAGAUUUACACUCAAUAUCUCAUGACUGAAACUCCAUCUAUGAAUUUUGUUAAUGUUUGAUGGUUA